AACAUUCAAAACCCCAAAAUUCUAAUUUCUUCUUCUGUGUAUGAUGACUGAAGAAUUAGAAAAAAGAGGUGGGAAUAUUGGAGGUGAAGAUUAUACACAAGAUGGGACUGGUGACCUCAAAGGUAGACCUGUGCUCAGAUCCAAAACUGGCAAAUGGAGAGCUUGUUAUUUCAUUGUUGGGUAUGAGGUAUUUGAGAGGAUGGCAUUCUAUGGAAUAUCAACAAAUCUGGUGAUUUAUUUAAGCAACAAGUUUCAUGAAGGCACUGUCAAAUCUUCAAACAAUGUUACUAACUGGGUUGGUACUGUUUGGUUGACUCCCCUUAUUGGUGCUUACAUUGCUGAUGCUCAUCUUGGUCGUUACACGACUUUUCUAAUCUCUUCUGCUGUUUACCUUGUGGGAAUGUGUUUGGUGACACUGUCUGUUACAUUGAAAUCCUUGAGACCUCCGAGUUGUGGCAAAGGAAUCAAAGACAUAGACUGCACUAAAAGGGCUUCUGCUUUCCAAAUUGGCAUAUUCUAUUGUGCUUUAUACAUAAUUGCUAUUGGAACUGGUGGAACCAAGCCUAAUAUAUCAACAAUGGGUGCAGAUCAGUUUGAUGAUUUUGAUCCUAAAGAAAAAUUUCAAAAGCUUUCCUUUUUCAAUUGGUGGAUGUUUAGCAUAUUUCUUGGAACUCUAUUCUCCAACACUUUCCUUGUAUACUUGCAAGACAAUGUCGGUCCAGGUAUUGGUUAUGGCCUUCCAACUGCUGGACUUGCUGUGUCUAUCAUGGUGUUCUUGUUAGGCACUCGUUACUAUAGACACAAAACUCCUUCGGGGAGUCCAUUCACUAGGAUUGCUCAAGUUCUUGUCUCUGCUGCUAGGAAGUGGAAGGUGGUUGUCCCUAAUGACCCAAAGGAACUUCAUGAGCUGAGAUUGGAAGAAUAUACUAACUCUGCAGGAAUCUUCAGAAUUGAUCAUACCCCUUCUCUAAGGACUCUUGACAAGGCAGCAGUGAAAACAGGGCCUAGUUCACCUUGGACACUUUGUUCAAUCACCCAAGUUGAAGAAGCUAAGCAAAUGAUAAAAAUGCUACCAAUACUUAUAGCAACUUUCAUACCAAGCACAAUGCUAGCACAAACACAUACCCUCUUCAUUAAACAAGGUACAACUUUGAAGAGAGGAAUCGGUCCAAAGUUUGAAAUUCCUCCAGCAUCUCUUACAGCCUUCAUAACAAUCUCCAUGUUAAUCACCAUAGUUGUCUAUGAUCGCUUCAUUAUACCUAUUCUUAGAAGAUACACAAAGAACCCGAGGGGGAUCACAUUGUUGCAAAGACUAGGGGUUGGCCUUAUCUUGCAUAUCAUAGUCAUGCUUACAGCCUCCUUCGUCGAAAGAAAAAGGCUUAGUGUAGCAAGAGAACAUGGAAUUACUGAGAAAAAACAGAUUGUUCCGCUACCUAUUUCUGUUCUGUUUCCCCAGUUUGUAUUAAUGGGAGUUGCUGAUAACUUUGUGGAGGUUGCGAAACUUGAGUUUUUCUAUGACCAGGCACCAAAUAGUAUGAAAAGCCUUGGGACUGCAUAUGCUACAACUAGCUUGGGUGUUGGCUAUUUUCUGAGCAGCUUUCUACUAUCAACUGUGGCAGAUGUAACCAAAAAAAGGGGGCACAAAGGGUGGAUUUUGGACAACCUCAAUAUCUCUCAUUUGGAUUAUUAUUAUGCAUUUUAUGCUGUCUUGAGCUUUAUCAACUUUCUUUUCUUCAUGAUUGUAGCAAGACUCUUCGUUUAUAACACCGAGAUCAACAAAACCAACAAAGAGUUGCAGGAGGCCAUGCAACCCUCACUUAGCAAGUCAAUAAUCGAAGAAGACAAGGCACCUCAAUCAAAUACCUUACUAGUGUAACACAAAAUUAUCAAACUUUAGAAUCAAGGUUGUUAUAUCUCUAUUUCAUUAUGGAUUUCUUUUAGCCUUUGCACUGGUGGGAUGGAUCAACACCAGU